AUGCAGCAGAGAAAAUCCACAUAUGGAAGGCCUACUGGAACGAACGGUUUCGAUUUCUCCUACUGCAUGGUCGUUGAAUCUAGUAUUGGGAAUCUUUUAGCUGUGAUUUUGUUUCCCGUACUUAUGUAUUCUUUCCAAAUGGGUGCAACCAGUGCAGCAAUUUCCAUAGUUGUGUCUCAAUAUGUUGUCACCUUCUUAAUGCUAUGGUUUCUAAAUAAGAGAGCAAUACUACUGCCUCCAAAGAUGGGAUCAUUACAAUUUGGAGGAUACAUAAAAUCUGGUGGUUUUCUUCUUGGAAGAACUCUUGCUGUUCUAACAACCAUGACUUUGGGGACAUCAAUGGCUGCUCGUCAAGGCCCAGUUGCAAUGGCUGCUCAUCAAAUAUGCAUACAAGUAUGGUUGGCUGUUUCGCUUCUGGUUGAUGCCCUGGGUGCAUCUGCACAGGCUUUGACUGCAAGUUAUAUGUCUAAAGGUGACUAUAAGACAGUGAAGGAAAUUGCUCACUAUGUGAUGAAGGUAAGGUCUUUUUUCUGUGUUAAUUAUUUAUCGAGUUUUCUUGUACCUAAAGCUUUUUGAAUGUCCUACCCAUUGAGUUUUUAUAAAUUUUAAUUUAAAUGCUUGUGGUGAUUUCAUGAAAUGCAGAGAAUGAAAUUCUUGAAUAUAUUAUAUGGACUACUGAAAAUUUGUUGCUGGUUCACUUCAUCUGUCUCUGUGUUGCCUUCUAGUUUCUUUUAAGGAUCUUGAUAUUAUAUUAUUUGCUUGUAGAACUUAUUUUAAAGCAUACUAGAGCUUUUCUG